GGUCCUCACACGAUUCAUCUGGCGGGCUGAUGGCAGCUGAUAUCCCGUCAUUCACGCUCAACACGGGCUAUAAGAUGCCCUCAGUCGGGAUAGGGGUGUGGCUGGGCCCCGACGGUGGUGGAGAGGUCGCAGAGCAGAUGUGUAAGACGGCACUACAGCUUGGAUACAGGCAUAUUGACACUGCCUAUGGCUACGCUAAUGAAGAACAAGUCGGCAAGGCUAUCCGGGAAUCUGGUGUCCCUCGCGAAGAAAUCUUUCUGACGACCAAACUACCGAACCACCACCACCACCGGGUCGCCGAAUCGCUGCAGGAGUCCCUCGACAAGCUCGGCGUCGAUUAUGUUGAUCUAUACCUCAUCCACUGGCCCCAGGCGUAUACCGAAGACAACAAGACGAUUUCAUAUGACGAAAGCCCAACAUAUAUCGACACGUGGCGCGACAUGGAGCGACUUCUUGGGACCGGGAAGGUCCGCUCGAUCGGCGUAUCGAAUUUCUCAGUCAAAUUACUGGAAGUGUUGCUGAAGGAGACAACGGUGGUACCGGCGACGAAUCAGGUCGAAUGCCAUCCAUGUCUGCCCUCGUUCGAGCUCAAGAAGUAUUGCGAUGAGAAGGGGAUUGUUCUGACUGCCUACUCGCCGCUGGGCCGUCCGAAAGAAUAUGAUGGCAAACCGGUCUUCCUUGAGGACCCCGAUAUCGUCAGGAUUGCACAAGCGCACAACUCCACUCCUGGCCAAGUCGCCCUCAGCUGGGGUGUACAACGCGGUACGGUGGUGAUUCCAAAGAGCGAGAACCCAGAGCGAAUCAAGCAGAACAUCUCGCUGAUCAAACUCGCGGACGAGGACAUGUUGGCUAUUGAUGCUAUCCAUAAGAAAGCCGGAAUGCAUCGAUCGCUCCUGAGGUACCAUAAGAACAGCUCCGACGGAAGGAUUUUCGGGUGGACAUACGAGCAGCUGGGAUGGAACAUGAAGCAGGGCGGUAUUGCGCUCGAGUAGGCGAUUUGGGCGGAAGAAUGAGCAAAGGGUUAAUUUGUACCGUCGUGAUAUAAGAUUCUUCAUGCGUAUGGCCUCUCGUGUUGAGGAC